AUGACAUCACCAACUCCUGUUCCAGAGUCUAUCACUAAGCACUCCCUCCAAGGUAUAAACAUAUGUAACAUCCAUCCCUUGCAUGGACAUUCCUGUUCCUUACAGACAUUCACACUCUUCUCUAUUACUCUUAAUCGAAUUCAUUUAAGUUAACACACAUCAACAUGGACAAACUCUCCGGUCUCGCCUCGAAGCUCGGUGGUGGCAACAAGUCCGGUGGUGAUGCGCAGGGCUCGGGCUCCAGCGGAAACCAGGGCCAGGAGGAUUACCUUGAUAAGGGCCUCGACUCGGUCGAACAGAAGUUCGGUGGUGGCAAGAUCGACUCUCAGAAGAUGCGCUCUACGAAUGAGAAGAUCACGGACACGGCGAGGAACCAGUUUGAAAGUGCUACCGGAAAGAAGGUGCCGGAGAAGUUUUCGAACUAGGGACGCUACGUGACAUGACUUUGUUGACGAUCGUAUGAUGGAUAAU